AUGAAUUUUUCAAUCACCUCCAAAUUCGCGUUGCUUACGACUAUCAUCAGAACAAGCAACUUACGCUGUCCUCAUAGCUCGGCCCUACUGGAAGAAGCAGUCCCGCAGACGAGCCCUUCUACAUCUCGCACCCCCCAGCCAAUGAUCUUCUUCUUCAAACAGAUCAGGGAUAUCUUUGCGAAGUCCCACAGCACGCUGCAACAGAUCCAACUUUCUCGCAGAGCGUUCUUCCGUCUGCUGGGAUACCUAGCAAGCUGCGCUGUGAUAUCGCUCGCCUCGCAAUCCAAGCUGCUCCAUUAG